GUCUCACGCUGAAAGCCGUUCUUCGUAUAUUUUCAGUUUUCUGGGUUUGUCCUGAUAAAGUGAAAUGCAGCCCACUUGGGCGGAACUCAAGUUUAUCUUUUGGCAUGUCGUUCGCCAGACAUGUAACCAUAACGCAGAGUAAUCAUGCCGUGUCCUGCCUUCACAGCUCAUAUACUUUGCUGGCUUUGUCUUUGUGGAUGUGUGGCAGAAAGUAUCCGUACAUUACCUCAUGUUGAGCGUUUUGAUGUGGUGAGACCUAAAAGACUGAACCUCAGUAAGGUACAGUCUGAUAAAAAUCCACCAAGCCAUGAGAAGUAUCCUGACAGACUCGCAUAUAAAUUAUUCUUUGAAGGAGAAAAUCAUGUGAUUCACUUGGAAAAGAACAAGCAACUCGUUGGACAUAAUUACACUGAAAUAUACUAUCAAGAUGACGGAUCAAUUGUGAGCAGAAAUCCAAGUUUUAAGGACAAUUGCUACUACCAUGGGCACAUUCAAGAUAUGGAAUAUUCCUCAGUCAGCGUGGGAAUCUGUUCUGGGAUCAGAGGUUUUGUCAGAGUGAAACAACAAGUCUAUCUGAUUGAGCCCCUAGCUAACCACAGUGAUGGAGAUCAUGCACUUUAUAAACACCAGCAUCUGAGGAGAAGGAGAAGCUCUGCUGGUGAACCGAAAACCAUGUUUUAUGACCACGAACCACAAGUGAGCGCUGCCUUAAAGUCGAGCAGAUGGAAUAUGAAGAGUUUUCAAACUCCAAGAUUUGUGGAAUUAUUUCUGGUGGUCGAUAACACUGAGUACAGAAACUUUGGCUCUAGCAUGGAUUCUAUCAGAGCCAGGAUGCUGGAGGUGGUAAAUCACGUUGACAAGUUGUAUCGAUCUCUUAAUAUCCGAGUGAUGUUGGUGGGUCUUGAGGUCUGGAUGAAACAGGACCAGAUUGUGGUCAGUGUGAGUUCUGAUGACACUCUCAGUCGCUUUAUAGAAUGGAGGAAGAGCAAUCUGCUUAAAAGGGUCAAACAUGACAACGCUCAGUUUGUGACUGGAAUUGAUUUUUUGGGUGACACAGUUGGGUUGGCAAACAAAUUUGCAAUGUGUGCCGAAAGCUCAGCAGGAGUCAAUCAGGAUCAUAAUCAGAACCCACUGGGCCUGGCAUCCACAAUUGCACAUGAGAUGGGUCAUAACAUGGGCAUGUCCCAUGAUGAGGAUCACUGCACGUGUGGCUCGUCAGUGAUCAGUUCCUUCUGUAUCAUGACAGAGCGUGUGGGCACGCUGUUCCCAGAGCAGUUCAGUGACUGCAGUCUAGAGCAGCUGACUGUAUUUCUAGACAACGCCAACCCUAGCUGUCUGCUGGACACCCCCAGCUCAUACAAACUGUACAGUGGGCCUGUCUGUGGUAAUGCUUUCCUGGACCCUGGAGAGGAGUGUGACUGUGGAUCAGUGGAGGAAUGUAAAAAUCCAUGCUGUGAUCCCAUGACCUGCAAGCUCACUGAAGGUUCACGCUGUGCUCAGGGAGACUGCUGUGAGAAUUGCCAGAUAAAAGAUGCUGAAAGCUUGUGUCGAGCAUCUAUAAAUGAGUGUGAUGUUCCGGAGUACUGCACAGGGCUUUCGGAGAAGUGCCCUGAGAAUGACUUCAGGAUGAAUGGCAUACCUUGCAGCUCUGGCCAGGGUUACUGCUACAAUGGCCAAUGCCCCACUCAUCUCCAGCACUGCCAAAGGCUUUGGGGAACAGGUGCCAAAGUGGCUCCUGACACAUGCUUUUACCAGAACACAUUAGGAAAAAAUGAUUCUCACUGUGGAAAAACCAAAGAUGGCAUCAGACCCUGUGCAAGAGAAAACAUGUUUUGUGGAAAGAUCUUUUGCAAUGAAGGAAAUGAAUUCCCCGUUACUGGUCAGAAAGCGGUCAUAGUAACAUUAAGAGGACAGUGCAACGUAGCAGGGGACCAAACAGAGGAGGACGCGCUCAGCAUGGUUCCAACUGGCACAAAAUGUGGGCAUAAUAAGGUUUGCUAUGAUUAUAAGUGCCAAGAAUUGAACAUUUAUGGUAGCAUUGAAGGCUGUUCACUGCAGUGCAAUGGUCGAGGGAUUUGUAAUCAUAAAAAACAAUGCCACUGUGAUCCAGGCUGGGCACCACCUUACUGUAAUGUCAAAUAUUCUGAAUUGUCAUCUGCAAAGACCAUUGGCAUCUCAGUAGCUGUUGCAGUCGCUGUGCUUGUGGUAAUAUGUGGAGCCGUGCUUUAUCAUAAAAAAAGAAAAGCCAUCAGCCGCCACAAGACGCAAACUCCAACUUCAGGGCAAACGAGUCUUCUUUUUGAGAACAACAGUGCCCAGAAGGACCGUCCUGAGAUCAGUCAGCCUAUAUUCAUGGGGACCACUGUAUCUCAACCCUGCACCCCUCUAACUGCCAGAGUGGGUCCGACCCGUCCUGCUCCACUACCUCCAAAAAAGCCGCCAUCACAACCCCAGCAGACCACAGUUACACAGGGAACGAAGUUGCCUGCACCUCCAGUUCCUCCAGUAAAACCAUCUUUAGCAACAGGAUCCUGGAGGAAUGACCAUGUGACAGAAGACACAGUGAAGGUUGUGUUGAAACCUCCCAUCAUGCCAAGAAGAUGACCAGACCUGAAAUCCCCCUGUGAGUCAUUUCAGGAAAUUAGAACCUUUCUCUGUCACUUUUAUAGAGUGGGAGUGUCUGAAUCACAAAGUGCUUUUUUUAAACCAUGCUUUAAAAAACACACAUACACUGCUGUGCUUGGCCUUAGCUGCGUGUUGUCUGUUAGUAUAUAGUUAAAUUAAAAUUAUUCCCCCUCCUG